AUGCCGCCGGUGCCUACACCGCUGGCCGGGGGCGGCCACGAUGUUAUUAUGCAUGAAGACACGGUGACCGGACAAAGGCGACCCCCGACCGAGACCUCCUCGCCAAACCCUAAGGGCGAACGAGAGGCGCAGCAGUCCAAGAAAAGGGUGAAACAAACGGUUCCGAUACCAGGUGAAUCCAGUCAGGCAGGGGGAUUGGCGGAGAAGGUUGGAGCUGAUAGGCAACAAACGAUACCCCCGGCCGGUACCAAAACCCCGGCAUGGGGGGAUGGGAAAGGGGCGGCGAGACGGCUUUUCAGCGAGGCGCCUCGGUCUGAGAUGUGGUACAUUGCAGAUUCGGACUCUGAAGAUGUGAUGGCCAGCAUACGUGAGGAUGGUUUGGAGCAUGAUGGCGAAGGCGAGGGUGAUCCUAAGUGCCCGGCUAUUCAUUACACCGCGGCGGAAGAGAGAAUGUUCUGUCGUCAAUGGAGAUCAGCCCUUGUGGUGAAGGCGCUAGGGCGAACAGUCUCAUACACGAUGAUGCUGAAGCGUUUGCAGAGCAUUUGGGAGAAGGCGGGAUCGAUUCAAGUAACGUCGGUUAAAAAAGGCUACUUCCUCGUUCGUUUCAAGAGUGGGAUAGACUAUGAGAGAGCUUUAACAGGUGGACCGUGGCUAGUGGGUGAUAACUACUUAACCGUACACCCAUGGACGAAGGACUUUAAUCCAUACGAACAUGAGAUUUCGUCGACCCUUGUUUGGGCUAGACUGUUGGAGCUGCCGAUCCACUAUUUCCACCCGGUGGCGUGUGGUACGUAUUUCGAGCGCAUUCGGUGCUCUUGCAUGGGGAGGAAUGAGGAAAUGGAGGUGGAGGAACCCGCUGCUACCCCUACAAGGACUGAGCCUAAGCAACCAGAUACAGUGUAUGGGGAGUGGAUGAUCGCUAAGAAGAAGCCAAGGUCUCGUAGGCCGACCUCAGAGCCGGAAAGGGGAAGCCAAGAAAAGCGGAGAGAUCAGGUACAAGAGAGGGAAAGACAAAAUGGGUCUCGAUUUAAUGUACUAGAGGUGGAAGAGAUAGGGGGCGAGGGGGGUGCUUCGACGGAAAUACGACCCAUGCAUUCUGCUGAAGAACGGGAUAAAAAUAAAGGAAAAUCUAACGAGUGGGAGAAAGAGAAGGAGGCUGUGAACCUGACCAACUGUGAGCAGUCCAAAUCCAAUACAAAAGUAGACCCGCCGGUGGAUCAACCACCCUCGGACCCCCAGUAUUCCUCUUCCCGACCUAGUCCGAUAGCACAAACGGUAACAAAUCACGUUAGCACCAUAUCCCCACCAAGCCAGGGUAGCAAUGCCAUGUGGAUGGAGCUGGGCCAAGGUGACAUGGGGAAGCUUAGCAAAGGGAUAGGUGGUAACAAACAAGAGAAGCCACCGGAUCCCAGAGUUCCGAACAUUCCAAGAGGGGACAUACCAACGAGGACGGAUGGCCAACAAGGGAAAGUAUUAAGCGACGGUAAUGGGAAGGUAGGAGGGGGCCUCAAUGAGGAGGCUACCUCACUUUGA